UUAUACUGUGAGAAUCUCCAGCAGCAAGGUCGCAGCCUGAUGGCCUCCCGCAUAUUAUCAUCCCUACCGGCACGGCCACAAUCGGGCCUGUUGCCUAGAUUGCGCAAUGCAUUCUCCACUUCUGCCAAGGCAUCGCAGGAUCCUCUGACCGAAAUCAUUUCUUCAGCUGGAAAUACUGCGAAACAAGCCUCAGCGGCAACGUCGACAAGGACUCAAACGGCGCAAUCUCAGCCAUCUCCUGAAGCCACCGAAGGCCUUCGUUCCUUGACGCGACGACUCGUGCGUGAUCGAGGAGAUAUUUCCAGAAGGAAUACGGCGUCGCGGCGGGGGCUUAAGGACUCAAUUGCUCAAUUUGCCCGGGCACAGGAUCUCGAGAGACAACAGACCAGAAGGUGGAAACAAGGCGACGUCUAUGCCCCGCAUGAUCUGACACCCGCCGAGAUGCAAAAGUGGAGGAAACGGACAAGGCCGACGAUGGAUGCAUUUGACGCUCUCGGAAUGAAUCCACUUGACCAUUACAAGAACUUUGCCAUCAUGUCCGAAUAUAUGACAGAAAUGGGCCGCAUCCGAAAUUCGUAUGAUACGGGCUUACGUCCCGUUAACCAGAGGCGCAUUGCAAAAGCUAUUCGGAGAUCUAUCGGCAUGGGUCUAAUGCCCAGUGUGCAUAAGCACCCUGAAAUCCUUGAGCAGACGUGGAAGGAAGGUCGCAUGAGGAACCGGCCGAUCGGAUAGAGAAUAUCGGACAAUUAAGACAGGAAUACUCCAUUAAUUUGUAAAAUUAUCGUUUGAAUCUUGUAAAUUACCAUGCUGGCAUAUAGACAGCGAAACCUCGCUAAUCGGCGAAUAUUAUCCUUUCUCGUCCCGCUCUCGUCUCUGACUGUUCUCCCUAUCCGUGAUUGCUCAAAGCAGAGGUAUUAUCUCACGAUAUAAAGUCAAGGCGCCGUGCCCUAGACUUUAUUGACAGGGUAAAGGCUUAACCUCAAGAGCAACAGCUGAACAAAAUAGUUGAAUACAUAGUUGGAUGCAUUCACAGCAUGUAGUAAUUAUUCAGUUUGAAUAUUUGAUAUUGUUGGCGUCAAAGGGGU